GGCCAGCAAAAUUAAUAGGGCUCGUAGCUCUCGUGUUCAUCACUCACUGGCCCGCUGGCUACGACAAUUUGCCGAAAGAGAGAGAAAACCGAGAACAAGUCUUGUUCCCCAAGUUCACUAAUUCCCGAUCGACUCUCUCAUCACCGUCUAACAUUCGAUUCUCCCGAGAAAACAAAUCUCCUCUCUCUAACUCCAUCGUUUCGCCGCCGAUGGCCCUUCCUAUCGGGAAGCUCACCAUCAUCAUUGGUGCAGGUAUCGUAGGGUCUGUUUUAGCCAAAGAAGGAAGCAUUCCAACUGUCUCUGAUAUUUUCUCUGGGGCCUUUAAGGUUUUUUGGAAGCAAAUCAGGCAUGAUGAUUCUAAAGCUACACCAUCCAGGCCUAAGCCGCGGAAUGACUCUUUGUUGCAACAGGUCAAUAGCCUGCGACAGGAGCUGCAACUCUUGGCAUCAAAUAGAUCAGUUACAAUUGUAACAUCAGGUGGUUCAGGUUCAAGAAGAUAUGGUAUAGUGGUUGUUGUCAUUGUGGUCGGAUGCGGUUAUAUUUGGUGGAAGGGUUGGAAACUUCCAGACAUGAUGUUCGCAACCAGGCGUAGUUUAUCAAAUGCAUCCUCUGCUGUAACAAAACAACUUGAGAAUGUUUACACUUCAAUAGCGGCCACCAAGCGGCAUUUGUCUUCCAGGAUUGACCGUGUGGAUUGUAAUCUAGAUGAAUGUGCUGAGCUUACUGCUGCUACAAGAGAGGAGGUUUCUGAACUCCGAGGAGAAGUUAAAGUGACUUGUGUGGAUGUGCAAUCCGUUCACCAUGCAGUCCGAACUCUGGAGACUAAAAUCCAUAGGAUAGAAGGGAAACAGGAUUCCACAAAUGAAGGAGUGAAGAAGUUGGUCUAUGCUGCCUGGAACUUGGAGAAUAGCAGAGCCCCAGAGCGUAUUCAGGCGGCACCAUCAAGUUCGUCCAGGCCAGCUCUUGAAAUGCCACAAAUGACACUCUCAUCGGGGACUGAGUCUCCGUCUCCCAUACCAUCAUCGGUGGAAUUGCCAUCUCCUUCUGCUUCUAAUGGAACUACCAAGCGCCCAUUGCAAAACGCAGUCUCAGCCUCCGGCCUAAAGGAGCUUCAUGGAAUGUCAGUAGACGUUGAUGCAUUGACCAGUCCAGGUGCUUCCAAUGGUAUUAAUGCAACGGGAGAUACAAACAACGGGAAUUCUGGUGCUCGGAUGCUUGGGCGGACAAUGUCUGGCAUCAGCGCUUCUUUAAUUUCUAGGACCCGCAGUGCAAUGCAGUCAUUCAAGUAGACACCAUCAAAUUUUGAGGUUUUUCUGCCAUUAAAGACAGAUACGAGACAUGUCAUUGUACUUUGCAUAGGGAAAAAGACCCUUCUGAGGUUAUAGCUGGGGCUCGAGUCAAUCCUUAGGAAAUAUGGAGUGCCAGCCUAUACAUAGAACUGGAAUGGGUACUGAAUUUUGUAGAUCUUCUGUUUAUUUUUAUAUUGGUUUAGGAUUAUGUACAAGUCUGCUUUAAAAAUUAUACUAGUAUUGUUAAUAGGAAUUUUGAAUGGUUGGAAGGGAAUUGCAAUUUUGGUUGAUAUUGGAGAACUCGAAUAGCACGUUAUCCCGGA